AUGUUGGCAAUCGGCGACGUCAUCUUAAGGUCCUUCAAUUUUGUAUUUUUAGUCAUCGCCUUGGGGCUCACCGGUUCCUUGGCAGCUACUACCAUCUCCCAACACAAUCCACAAGUCAAUUUCGCCGUUUUUGCUGCAGCUUUUGGAAUUCUCACUUCAUCCCUCUACGGGGUCUUGGCCUUUUUCAUUGAAGCACUUGCAUGGCCAUUGAUUUUGUUCCUUUUUGACUUUUUGAACUUUGUUUUCACUUUUGCUGCUGCUACUGCUAUUGCUGCUGGAAUCAGGGUUCACUCAUGUGGAAAUCAAGACUAUUUGGACUCUAACAAGAUUAACCAAGGAUCAUCGGCAAGAUGCAGAAAAGCCCAAGCAUCAACAGCCUUCUUGUACUUUUCAGCUUUCAUUUUCAUUGCUGCUGGUGUGUUUUCAGCCAUUGGUUUGUUCAGAGGUGGUUUGUUUGGAACUAAGUACAACAGGUCUGCUCCAAGAACUGGCGUUCCAACUAUGUCUCAAGUUUAA